AACCAUCUACAAUGCAAUUAUGUACUCGUAUUCUCCUAUCGAAAGGCAUUUUUUUACAAUAAGUUAAAGUACUGUACUUUAAUGUGCGUCCCAGAUACCAGAGUAACAGACUCCACGGGGCACGGCCACACGAGACGAGUUAACCAGAAUUACUUACGUCUUACCACCUACGGUACUCUGUAUUUGCUUUUCCAUAUCUACUAUUUGAUUUUCCAGUCUUUUUUUACAGUCACUUCAGCUUUCCAGCGUCAAGAAAUAUUUACUAAAUAUAUUGUUUCUUUGAUGAUAUUUUUGGAGAUUGGAAUUCUGUAUUAUUGUUGAUUGUCAUCCCGUUUGUAGCAAGGCAGGGACUUGGAGUAACGCUGCAAGAUGAAUUAAUCGGAACAUUAAUCACCGUAUUUACGAUUAAUAUUUAUCCUUAACUCCUGUGUAAACAGUAAACUGCUUCACUACGUGACUACAGUGCUUUUUCUACGAAACACUGAAGUUGGUCUUCGAUUCCAACAUUAAGUGUUAUGUAAGUCAGCCGAUCACUACGCAGUCUUCACUAUUGGAAAAUGGAUGAUUCCAAACCAUCCUUUAUAUAUCCCAGUCACUCCGACGUAAAACACACCAUGAACGGACAGUUUGAGCGUGGCGAAUCCGAUUCCAGUGAAACGGAAAGCGAGGACGAGAUGGAAUCUGCCAACGAGGGGGAGAGUCCCGUUGUGGCGUAUGCGCACCCAUCGUUACAUCGUCCACAUCUACGCAGUCCCUCAUCGGAGGAAAGCUCUUCCGUGCAUUCUAAACCUCCAUCCCUGGCGUCGCACUCGCGUCUCUCCACUCCCAUCGAAUCCUACUCCGAACAACACGAACGCCGUUCCUCGUCGCGCUCCGUUAAGCGAAAGAAGUUCGCCGAUGAGAUCGUGGAAGCCAGUCUGCGACCAGCCUAUUAUCGGCAUCGCUCGGGCGAGCAUCAUCGCAGCAGUCCAUCGAAAUUGCACCCGGGAAUGUCGCCUGCGUCGUCGUAUUCCAGUUCGAUGGAGAGUCCUCGCCCCGCUCACAGUCGUCUUCCCCAUGCUCCGUCAGCGCCGUCCCUUAAUCCGCGGGGCAAUGAUCUCGUCAAAGUGGAAAAGCUGCUGAAACGGAAAUCCGAACUGGGGAAGGGCGAGAAGAGGAAAGACGGGACGAAGAAACAGCGAACGGACUCGUCGGGGUUCUUCUAUGGUGGAGAAUUUCAAAUGGCUGAGGAAGCUCCAGAGCGUCAUUUCUGGAGCGGUAAUGCACGAUUUGGCGCUGAAGAUCUUCGCGUUAAAGGGAAGGAUACUAAAUCAGUCUCGAAGCACAGCAGUUCGAAAAAGCCUCGUGUGGAUGACGAAUCUCGGCGACAGUGGACUGCCAUGGACGACUUGAAGCUGAUAACUGCGUUGCAGCAACUGUGUGACUUUCAGCUAGUGGCCAAGUAUGUUUCUUUCAGCAUCAAACUGGACGCCGCUGCGCUGGAACAUUACUGGACACAGCUGUUAGACGAUCCACGGGUGUGUCGCUUGUCCAUAGAUGGACUGGAUAAAAUCCCCUUGGACACCAUUCAGCGUAUACGGAAAAUGAAGUUCCUGACGACGGCCGAAGAGGAGGCCAUCAGGAGCGUUACACCAGGCCAUGCUAACCUCGAGACAUUCGAGAAACUGAUACGAUCUCACGCUCAUAUUUUCUUCCCGGGGCGAACGCCUGAAGAUUGCCUGGUCACGUGGAAAUAUUUGUCACAGAGAAUCAAGACCGAGUUCGGUGCUGCACCUCCGCUAACAAAUCCUGAAUUACCAGAGGAUCUGGAAGCGGCCCGGCUGCGGAAUCGCAUCCGAGACGUGCAGACCCGGGCCAGCUGUUUCGGAAAGGAACUUAUCAGCCUAACAAAUCACUUAAACUAUCGAUCCAAGCAUAUUGCUUGCGAAGUGGCCUAUCUGAAGGCACUGGGUGAACGAGUGGGCAGUGGCACGCUGCCCGAUCAGACACGACCAAAAUUUCAACGGGACUUGAAAAGCGCCCUGGCCUGCCUGAGCGGCGUUUGUGUGGAUUACGCUAUCACGACGGACGAGGUGACGUUUGGAUAUUCCGAUGAGAAUGUCACGGUGGAUGUUGAUCUCAGUCUGGAGGGGAAUAUCGUUAAUCUCCAGCCGCUGCAGGGCACGAUCUUUCUGGACGUAGAAGGUAAUUUCCACAUCGAGAAUCAGGGCGCCUUUGAAAUCGCCGUCAAUGGAAUGACAUUAUUGGCUAAUGAGGACGCUGAACUGCGAGACGAUUCAACCCUGGAAGUAGGCACGCUGACCUUUCAGUUCUAUACCAAUCCCGGGGCCAUUCGGAAACACGUUGAACGAGCGGUCAUGGAGUAUACAAAUCGUGUCCGGGGUGUACGCAAUCAUCAGAAUACGGCGCCGCAGAAUGUGCCGCCUGAAGCGGAAAGCGAGUCGGAUGUGGACGACGAAAACGGGAUGGAGCAAAAUGGGCUGGAUAGCAGUCAGUCGGGCAACGAUUCCCAGACGGAUUCGGACGAAGACGAUGAUGAACCUGGCCGCUUGACUAUGAAUAUUAACGGUGCAAUGAAUGCCGUUCACUAUGACUGAAGCCUGAAUAGAUUAAUUGUUGAUCGCAUGGUUGAGACUGGUGUUUUCUGAUUUGCAUUUUUUGGUUUGCGUUUGUAAACUACUUUCUUAAUCUGUUCGAAAAUGCAGGUGGCAUGUGAAUGUUCGGUAUCUAGUAAUCUACUAGCUGCUGUUAUUAAUUGUAGAAUGUUUAAUUAUUAAACGUACCUUUCUAUUAAAUCAUGGGUUUGCAUGCGAGGUUGCUGUUUUUGACUGCCUUUAAAGUUUAAACUGUUGCACCCGGGACUCUUUUUCGUUGUUUGCAGGUACGA